AUUUUCAUUGGUUGAAUGUGUAGGAAUCCUGCAGUUAGAACAGUUAAUUCCAAAUGGUCACAGAAAAGUGCGGGAUCACAUAGAAACUUUCUGAACUAUACAACCACCGACAGAACAAUAACAUUCCAGACCCAAAACCAACAUACACAAGGUAGUUGAGAAAUCACCUCUCAUUUACCUGAAAUCAUGUGACUCAAAUCCUGCUUAAUAUGGCAAAACAGGAAAUGCCUUAAGGAGGGAAAGUGAGGAAAAAGGAGAGUGCAGCUUUGUGCAAACAGACUCAAGAGACACUCUUGUCAAUGACACAGCUUUGGAGAAAUGGCUUUCAAGACCCUGCAAACAAGUUUUUGCCUGCUUCUCUUAAUCUCAAUUGGUUUACACUUCAUCACAGGUAAAAGGACUGCUGCAAUGUCCAUCCGUGAAAAAUGUGAGUGUGUUGAGGAAACUGGCUCAGUGCAAUGGAAAAAAAUUAAAGACUACAGAAUCAUACAGAAAGAUCCUCUUUGCAACAAGGUUCAAAUCAUACUCCAGCUGUCAGAAAAACAGGUUUGUCUAAAUGCAGACUCCAAGCAAGGGAAAAAACUGCAAAAAUGCUGGAAAAGGAUUAAAUUAAAUCCACAGAGGAAGAAGGUCUGUCUGCAGCUCAAGAAGAAUAGACCAAAAAAGACCAAAAAGACCAAAAAGCUGUAAUUCAAUUAUCUUUACCUUUUCUGUAUAAAAAGACAAUGUGUCUUUUACAAUUAUUCUGACUGAUCUUUAACAUAGAUGGAAUUUGUAUAUAUUUUGUACUGCUAUUUUCUAAUAAAACCUUGUUUUGACAUGG